UCACACCGUUAUGCAUAACCUCUACAAAGCUGUCAUUAUUUCUUAUAUUAUUAUUUUGAUUUGGAAUAUUUGUUUUUACUUUCCAGCUGUAUUUUAGCUCCGUUCUGAGUGAAUAAUAUGUUAGAAAUAAGUGGAAAUUGAACAAUCAAUUAUGUGGUUUCUAACAUUUAUUAGUUACAUGGCAAUGUUGAUACAAAUUAUAUUUGUAACCAUAGCAAUAGCCGCUGGACUCUAUUAUAUAGCUGAAUUAGUAGAAGAGUACACAACUAUAGCAAAAAAGGUCAUAUGGUGGAUGAACUCUAUUACUUUAAUACUCUAUAUAUUACUAUGGAUCUUCGAAAGUUUUCCAGUUACAAUGAUAAUUUUUGGACUGUUAGCUCAAUUAUCCCAUUAUAUGAUAUUGAGAAAUUUUCCAUUUUUCUCUUUUAUAUCAUUAGGAUUUGUGACAGCUGUACUAUUUGUCAUCAUUAAUCAUUAUCUCGCCUUCGCCUAUUUUGCUUCUGUUUACCAUCCAUUUUCAGAGGUCUUAGCAUAUUUCACCUUAUUCCAGUGGUUAGUACCAUUCGCACUAUUUGUGUCUUUAUCAGCCAAUGAUAAUGUUCUGCCCACUAGCAUAGAUGGACGAGAUGGAGAUGUAGUUUCAAAUUAUUUCUCCAAAAGGAAUAAAAAGUAUGGACUUCUCUCCUUAUUUACCUUUGCAAAAGAAGCUUUGUUGCCUAUGCGAACUAAAAAAGGGUUUUGAAAAUAAAUGUUCCCAUGCAACCAACAUAUUAGGAUGAAGAUCCUUCACUGUAUAUUGUACAUACCUAUCAUAAUCC